UUAGCGCUUAUCAGGGAAGAACCGCAUUACAUGCAUGAGGAGCAAGAUGUUGUAAAGCAAAUUCCACUGGAGCCGAGAACAAGAUCGCCAUCACCAGCAACAAGAAUGAGAGAAUUUGAGCUGAGUCACGAGAAUCGCCCGUUUUUCGCCUCAGAAUGCAGCGGCAACAUCUCACCAACAAUGGUUCAAGCGAAAGUAUCUCAGUGUAUUAUGAAACUAGAAGCGAAGUUGCAGAAGAGCGAGCAGGCUGAUUUACAGGAACGGAAUGUCGAUGAGAAGCCGGAAUCUGUGAAAAAUGAUGAUCCUUCGCCAACGAGCGAUUCUGACAGUUUGGAUAGUUCCUCAGCUGCCAGACCUUCCGAUCCACCAGAUGAGCCUUUAAUACCUCCAAAUUUCUUCGAAAAUGUGCAGCCCUCGACAUCGAUGCUCCCAGUCAAUUCAAUUUCGGAUCUUCUGCUUGCAAUACACACGCACAGUCAUCCAUCAGAGAUUGCGAUGGUGGUUUCGGAAUAUACCGAAAAAAAUAUUUUGACAGCAGAAGAGGAACAGAUGAUUGAAAAAGCGGUGCGCCAGAAGGUUAUGUAUGAAAGAAAACGGCGUGGCGAAAUUGUCGACGACGAGAAGAGUCCUGUGAGUAGCUCAGCGAAACGCAAUCGAGAAGUGAAGGAAAGCAAAGGAAGCGACGGGGAUAAGGAAUUCGAGCUGAGGAGCAGUGAUUUUAAUGAGUGUGGUGGGAAGCCGAGUAGCUUUGUUGGCGUAGUGGAAACAAACCAGUUGAAAUAUCGGAAGAACUGCCCUAAUCCAUUUAAAAAAGGAGUAACGGAGCGCAUCCUGGCAUCUCUCCGUCUUCAUGCGCUUUUCUAUUGCGCUGUUACAGAACCAAUAGACAGUCAAAACCAAGGUGAACGGCCAUGUGAUGUUGUAGCAAAUCCGCCAAAGUUUCCCGCAACUUCUGAGCCGCUAGCUCAUCCAGCAGUGACAGCACAGCCUGCUACAACAUUGACGAUUUCUCCUUCACCGCCACUGCCACCACCGCCACCACCACCAGCACCACCACCACUACCGCUGCUACCUUCCAUCCCAGAACUUUCGCAGUCGAUUAGCCCGGUGUCGUUUUUCCAGCCUCCGCCCUCAGUGACAAGUAAUCCUUACUUCAUCACCCCGUAUGUAGCGGGCUCCUCGGUGGCGCCACUGCUUUCCAGCACUCCCACAGCUGUUACAUUCGCGAAUUCAAAUAUCGCAUUUGUUGGUGGAUCUGCUGGAGGACCUGUAACCGCUGGAGAAAUGGAUAUGGAUAUCUCGGACGAUGAGCAGGCGGAAGCUGUCAGAAAAACAAUGGUAGAGAUUUUUUCGCAUUGA